AUGUCUAUAUUACGAACUGUAUUAUUUAAAAAUUAUAUUAACUAUUCGAGAUGUUCAAGAGAUUCUUUACUUUUAUUUAUAUGGAGACAAAAACGCAAACCGUUUGAUACAACAAAAAGAAAAUUUAAUAAUAGUAUUAAAGAAGUUGUAAUAAAUAAUACUAACAAAUCAAAAAAUGUUUCAUCAAUUUUAAAAUUUGGUUUUGGUGGAUUAGGUAGUAUAAUAGGAACAUGCAUAAUAAAAUCUCACACUUCAAUUGUUGAAGGCAAAGCAUAUAAAAUUCAGGAAAAUAUUAAAAAGGAUAAUAAGGAAUUAAUCUUUAAAUGGAAAAAAUUUUUAGAGUAUUUAUAUCCAUAUAUUUGGCAAUUAAUAAUAGCUUUAUCAAGUGCAAUGAUUGUUGCUAUAUUAAAUAUUUGGAUACCACAGAAUAUAGGAAAUAUAAUAAAUAUAUUAACAAAAAUUUGCCAAAGUAAAGAAGAUAUUGUGAAAGCUGUGCUAUUGCAAUUAACAACUCCUGCAUUUGCAUUAGCACGUAUGUAUAUUGCACAAGCAUUUUUUACAUUUGUUUAUAUUUAUAUGCUUUCACAUGUAGGAGAAAAAAUAGCAAUGAAUUUAAGACAAGACUUAUUUAAAUCAAUUAUGAUGCAAGAUAUCACAUUCUUUGAUAAAAAUCAUAGUGGUGAAAUAGUAAGUCGAUUAACAAGUGAUAUUCAAGAUUUUAAAAGUACUUUUAAGACUUGCAUAUCACAAGGUUUAAGGAGUAUUACACAAAUUAUUGGAUGUAUAGUUUCUAUAAUAGGGAUUUCACCACAACUGGCUGCAGCUACAGUGUUAUCUUUGCCUACCAUAAUUCUUAUUGGUACAAUGCUUGGAAAAGGCUUAAGAAAAUUAUCUAUGGAGGCACAAAAUCAACUUGCUAAGUCUACACAUGUUUGUGAGGAAGCCAUACAAAAUAUUAGAACGGUAAAAGCAUUUGCAGCUGAAGAAAAAGAAAUAGAAAUGUUUUGUAAGGAAACUGUGUUAGGAUCAACAUUAUUUGAAAAACUAGGUUUAGGAAUUGGUUUAUUUCAAGGAGGAACAAAUUUAUUUCUUAAUAGUAUUUUACUUUGUACUUUAUAUUUCGGUGGACAUUUAUUAUCUACUGGGCAAUUAUCUCCAGGAGAUUUAAUGGCAUUUUUAAUGGCCACACAGACUAUACAAAAAUCUUUAUCGCAAAUAUCAUUGUUAUUUGGAGCAUAUGUUAAAGGUAUUAGCGCUGGUGCUAGGAUUUUUGAGUAUCUAGAAAUGUCACCUUCACCAAUGAUAGUUAGUGGAGAAAUUAUUAAAAAUCAAUCAUUAGCGGGAAAUAUUACUUUUAAAGAUGUGAAAUUUAGUUAUCCUACCAGACCAGAUCAUAUUAUUUUAAAAAAUUUUAACUUACAUAUUCCUGCUGGAAAAACAGUAGCUAUUGUUGGUUCUAGUGGUAAUGGAAAAUCAACUAUAGCUGCUUUACUAGAAAGAUUUUAUGAUGUUAAUGAUGGUUCAAUUAUAAUUGAUGGUAAAGAUUUGAAGUCACUCAAUGCUAGUUAUCUUCGAGGUAACGUUUUGGGAUAUAUAGAUCAAGAACCUAUUUUAUUUGCUACUAGUAUUAUGGAAAAUAUACGAUACGGAAAACCGGAUGCUACAAAUGAAGACAUUAUUGAAGCUGCUAAAGAAGCGAAUGCUCAUGAAUUUAUUAUGAAAUUCCCAAAUAAAUAUAAUACACAAGUAGGUGAAAAAGGUGCACAACUUUCCGGUGGUCAAAAACAACGUAUCGCAAUUGCAAGAGCCUUAUUAAAAAGACCAUCUAUUUUAAUUUUGGACGAAGCAACAAGUGCGUUAGAUUAUGAAAGUGAAAGAAUUGUACAAAAAGCAUUAGACAAUGUUAGUCAAGGAAGAACAGUUUUAAUAAUUGCUCAUAGAUUAAGUACGAUUAAAAAUGCUGACAUUAUCGUUGUAUUACAACGGGGAAUAAUUGCGGAAAUGGGUACUCAUACAGAACUUAUUAAAAAGAAAGGUUUAUAUUACACCUUAAUAAAUGAACAAGACAGAGAAAAUACAUGAUAAUAUUAAAACUCUGAAAUAUAGUACAAUUUUUUUGCGGUAUAAUUAUUUAUUUUAAAAUAAUAAUAAUAUCUAGAAAUGUUCAAUAAAUUCUACCUCAGAUCUUAAUUUAUAUAGAUAUAAUAAAUAUAUAUAAUAUAUUCACAUA